GUCGUCAGCAGAGCUGUCUCCUCCUGCAGCUUCUGUUCAGUUUUGGAGUGUAAAUCAACAGAUUAUUUUUCUUCUCCACAGAAGCGAUGGAAAGUGGAAACAAAUUCCAGGCUAGAUUCAGUCCUGUUGCUGUCGUCUAUGAAUUUACCUGGUGGGGAGCUGAGAAGGAGAUCAGCAGAAGAUGAGCUUGCGAUGAGGGACUAUCUGCAGGAAGGAGACCUCAUCAGCGCAGAGGUCCAGUCUGUAUUUUCUGAUGGGGCUGUAUCACUGCACACCCGGAGUCUGAAAUAUGGGAAGCUUGCCCAGGGUGUGCUCGUUCAGGUCUCGCCCUCCCUUGUGAAACGCCAGAAGACUCACUUCCAUGACUUGCCCUGCGGUGCAUCUGUGAUCCUCGGCAACAACGGUUUCAUCUGGAUCUACCCAACUCCAGAGCAGAAAGAUGAAGAGGCAGGGGGCUUCACCACCAACUUGGAGCCAGUUCCUUUGUCUGACCGGGAGGUGAUCUCACGGCUUCGAAACUGCAUUGUGGCCCUGGUUACUCAGAAGUUGAUGCUCUUUGACACCAGCAUCCUGUAUUGCUAUGAAGCAUCCCUUCCUCAUCAGAUCAAGGACAUUCUCAAACCAGAAGUGAUGGAGGAGAUCGUUCUGGAAACUCGACAGAGGUUGCUGGAUCUGGAGGGAUAGGGCACAUGGCCAGAAGCAGUCAUUUGAAGUCUCAGCAUGGCAGCUCUUGAUUCUCAGUAAUUUUUUUUUUGGUGUUCUAGUCCCCAACAUUCAUUCCACACUUCAGAAACCACCAAAAUUCCUCAUUUUAACUCCUAGGAUACCUCCUGAGCCCUUUUAGUACAGUAGUACUAAAUAGUACUUAAAUACAGCCUGAAAAAUUGAUACCUGACCUUUUUGAAGAUGCAGAUGCAACUGGGACGUAUCUCAUAGCACUUGUUGCUG